AUGCGAACUGCGCUCUCCAAGCUUCUCCUUUCCAAUCCGUGGAGGCGGAUCUGCUACCAACAUAAAGCUUAUAUAUUGGAGAGAUGUGUGCCGUCGAACGAUUUCAGCACGAGAAACAACCCUAGAAGACCAAUGAGAGGCGACAGACGCAGGGACGACCGCUCCGAGGACAUCUUCCUUCGCGGCCUUAACUUCGGAGACGACGACGGCGUCAACGGGCCGCAAAGGGCGCACCGGGAAGCCUUUCCAGAUCGACCUUACGAUGGACCAUCGUUGCGCGGUGCCCAGCAAAGGAAAAAGGAGCCGCCUUUGCGAGAGGAGGACGGCAGCGAUGGCGCUGCGGAUGAUCUUUUGGUCGACUUCGACUUGGCCGAUAGGACGGGUAGAGUUCCUCCCGGGCAUACACGCAACAGUGUGAGGAGAGACCCGCCGAGAGAAGGUUUUGGUCCGUCGCCGCAGUCGCAGUUCAAGGAUUUCGGUGGGGACUAUUUCGAAGGUUCUGGGUCGCCACAACAAAAAGCGCGGCCACCAUCAGCAGAUGGACACACGGUAGACAAAUCGGAUGUAGUGGAUCAAACACCUCCGACGGUAGCCAAGUCUGCAGCAGAGGAGGCACCGCCAGAAGAUGCCGAUGAGAUCUUCAAGAAGAUGAAAGAGACUGGGCUUAUACCCAAUGCUGUUGCCAUGCUUGAUGGGCUCUGCAAAGAUGGGUUAAUUCAAGAAGCCAUGAAGCUGUUCGGUUCAAUGCGCGAGAAGGGCACGAUGCCUGAGGUUGUGAUUUACACUGCUGCCGUGGAAGGGUUCUGCAAGGCUGCAAGAUUUGACGAUGCAAAGAGGAUCUUCAGGAAAAUGCAGAAGAACGGAACUGCGCCUAAUGCAUUUAGCUACAAGGUUCUCAUUCAGGGCUUGUGCAAAGGGAAGAAAUUGGAUGAUUCGGUUGAGUUCUGCAUGGAGAUGUUGGAUGCUGGGCAUUCACCCAGUGUGACGACUGUAGUUGAUGUGGUGGAUGGUUUCUGCAGAGAGAAAGGGGUGGAGGAAGCUGCAGAUGUUGUCAAAAGGUUGCGGGAGAGAGGUUUUGUUCUUGAUCUAAAAGCUGUUAGCGAGCAUUUGGACAAGAAAGGACCUUUUUCGCCAAUGGUUUUCGAAGCCAUCUCCGGAAAAAAGGAUUUGUGA